AAAUAUGUCAAAACUUCACCGUUUCCGUCAAUUUUUAUAAACAGUUUUGCGGGUAAAAUAUUUUCGGGGCGGUGUUAUCUUCGGAAGAAAACUUUGUAUUAUAGUGGUUUCAUGCGCAAUAACCGAAGAUGAUAGAUUUACUAUCGCCUUUUCGUUCUUUUCUUAAGCCUAAAAAUAUAAUCACGGAUAAUAAUGUGUUCCGACUACAUUAUAAAUUCACGGUGAUAAUGUUGUUCAUGUUCACUUUGAUGGUUACUUCUAAACAGUUUUUCGGUGAACCAAUGCAUUGCAUGAGCGGAUCAGACAAAGAUGAUAACAAGGAUGCGAUAAACAAUUACUGUUGGAUUUAUGGGACGUAUACUUUAAAAAGCCAACUAAAUGGAAUUGAAGGCAAACACAUGGUGUAUGCUGGAGUAGGUCCUAGCUUAAAUAAAAAUGAUGACCAAAUAGAGCAUACAUACUACCAGUGGGUCUGCUUUGUACUUCUUGGACAGGCUUUCAUGUUUUACAUACCACAUUACCUUUGGAAGUCUUGGGAGGGAGGCAGAGUUAGAGAUUUGUCCGCUAAUUUAUCAUUUCCCAUUGUAUCGAAAGACUGGUCUGAUGGACCUCGUCACCAACUACUGGCCUACUUCAACGAUUACAACACUUGCACACACAACAUGUAUGCUCUCCGGUUUGCCUUCUGUGAAUUUUUGAAUCUUGCUAAUGCGAUUGGUCAAAUAUUUCUCUUGGACAUAUUCUUGGAUGGGUCAUUCCGCGAUUAUGGUACUGCUGUGGCUUCAUUCACCCAUCAUCCGCGUCUCUCCACAGACAUGAAAGACUUUGUCUCAGUUAAUCCAAUGGAUAAGUUUUUCCCGAAGGUAACAAAAUGCUGGUUCAGAUCAUAUGGACCUUCAGGAACGAUACAGUUCAAAGAUAGACUAUGUGUACUACCACUGAAUGUAAUCAACGAAAAGAUAUUUGUCAUACUUUGGUUUUGGCUGGUUAUUUUAGCUUUACUCUCAGCUCUAGCGGUCUUAUUUCGUAUACUAAUAUUCUGUACACCAGCAUUACGAACAUACAUACUUACAGCCCGGUUGAGACGUAUCAAAAGGUCGCCAGUAUCAAAAAUUGUUAAACAUUAUAGUUUUGGUGACUGGUUUGUACUGUAUUUGCUGAGCAAAAAUAUUAAUCAAAUUGUCUGUAUAGAUUUAAUUAAAGAAUUGGCAAAAGACUUACAUUGGACUGAAUGUGUUUAAAUCUAUUUUAUAACUUUUUUAUUAACCUUAAAUGAUUAAAAUAUUGUUAGGACAAAGUUAUGUAGCUGGUCUCAAAGUACAAUUAAAAUUUUAAAACAAACAUUAGGUAAACUUAACAAUAAGUACUGACUGAGUUAAGAGUACAUAAAAUAUUAGAAGUAAAUAAGUGUUGAUAACUAUGAAUCUCAUUUCAUGUCAAUGAGAAUUGCGAUUAAAAGAAUACUCAAAACAUGGUAUAUUUGUGAUUUAGAAAAUUAAAGUGUGUUUCUUUGUUUGGUUGAAAAGUGUUGAUAUAUUUUUUCAGUUGUUAAAAUAUUUCAAAAGUAAUUUAAUUUUUUAGUUUUAUAAUUUUAUGUUUGGUUUAAAGCAAGUAUUAAUAACUUGAAAUUUUGAGUUUAUGAGGUAACUAACAGUAUACUUCUAUAUUGUCUUGAUUACCAAUAAAUAUUGUUUUAAGUUGUUUUCGGUUGAUUAUUUCAUGUAACAUUGUUAGUAAAUUCUAAAAGGGAAGUCAUAUUUUGUUUU